GGGAGGGUAAGACAGAAGGAGAAAGGGGAGGAGGAAGAGCUGUACGUCUCGCCUGUAUCAGCGUCACUGCCACGCCAGCAUUCGUCACCAGAAAACAACAAGGAAGAUCGUCGCACAACAGACCUCUAAAAAUAAAGAAAACCAUCAGCCACAGCAGCUCCUACUCCUCCUCCACCACCAGACGUGCGUCCACACAUUAGGCCAAGACGGUUCUUCGUUUCCCAGACACAGGCAUCUGCACGCUCCCCGGGCAGGAGCAGCUCUCCCAGGCAUGACCUGAGAGGAGAGGCAGGAAGCCAUUGGACGCUUGCUACAUCAACAUGGGCAACCAGGAGGCUAAGCAAAAGAAAGCUGCAGCAGCAUCGAGUAAUGGAAGCUACCCUUCACUGGAUGAAGGAUGGAGAGAGGGAGGAGGGGACUCCACCAAAAAGGGAGGAAAGAAACUCCAAGGCAAGCAUGGAGGUAAAGGAGCAGGCAGCGGUGGAGGAGGAGGAGGAGGAGGGGGGAUGCAUGGCACAGGACCAGGAAAAAAGAAAAACAAAUCUGACUCCAAGUCCUCGGUUUUCUCUAUCCGGAAGAGAAAGGGCAACCUGAAAGGGAAAGGAGGCGUGUGUUCAUCAGUAACAGGCUCAAGGGAGGACGUUUUAAUAUCUCAAAAUGACGAACUGGACAGCACAAAAACACCCGAAAUGUCUGCAGAUGAGCUUGGACAGUCGGACACUGAGCCUGAGAAGAAAAAGAAACCAGAGCCGAGGAGAAGGGAUGAAGAUGGACGGGAGCAGAAGCAGGAGAUGCAGCGGAAAGCCUCAACAGCAGCAGCGUCUCCCACUGAGGAUGGGAAGCAGAAGGGGGGAAGCUCGGGGUCGGACACAGACAUCUACAGCUUCCACUCAGCAGCUGACCACGAGGAUCUACUAGCGGACAUCCAGCUCGCUAUACGGCUCCAGCAUGGCGGGGUUAACUCAAUUGUGGAUGCACAGGGAGGGGGCGAAAGGGAUCUGAGCUGGGCAGGAGGAGAGGGGAGGAGAAAGCAGAGUAACGGGGAAGUUAAACUUACUCCCCCUGAGGUGCUUGACCUGACUCCAGAAUUAGAACUGGGGUCUGAUGCCCUGUCCUUCCUGGACAUGGGAACUCUGUCGGACUCUGUCAAGCACAUGGACCAGCCACCAGCACCACACCUCCCCAUCCACACAGAGGUGCACAAGAGGAGGGAGGAGAAGGAGGAUGAGGAGAGGGGGGUGGAGCAUCCGGAGCUAAAUGGCAAGGGGCAGGGGGAGAGAGAAGCCUGUCUUUGUGUAGCCACAGGCACAAAAGACCAGCAUGCUUGUGUGCAGCAGCAGCAGCCCCCUUACACAGCCAUUGCCAUGGCUACUGCUGGGGGGGCAGCAGUGAGUCCAGUUACCAUGACAACCGGUGGUAACAGCUUCCCUGAUCACCCAUUUGACAGUGCUGGGAAAACCCCAGGGGGUGAAGAGGAAGCAGGACGUGAAGGAGAGGAGGAGAGGGAGCCUGGGCUGAAUGUAGAUCUCAGUCUUCCACCCGCAGACAGCCACAAAAGUCCCGAACCCACCGAAGGGCUGAGCUCAGGGAACGUGUUUGAAGAAGGUGAGGGUCAGUUGGGCUCGGGUACAAGUGCAGAGUCCCUUGAGGACUGCCUGAGCGCUGGAUCCGAAUCCAACCACUCCGUUGCUGCCAGCACCAGCACUUCCCACAGCAGGCGGAGCAGCGUAUGCUUCACGUCGCUGCCUGUCCACGAGAGCCCCACGUCCGCCAAAAGACUCCUCAGGUCCACCCACUCCUCCACCUCCUCUAGCCCUGUCGUCAAACCCUACCCCCCCAUCUUUCCCUACUACAUCAAAACCACCACGAGACAGCUGAGCUCCCCAGGACACUCCCCAGCCCUGUCUCCCUCCCAUAGCCCGCAAUCCCCCCGCAGAGCCCACCAUCACCUCCACAGGACGAUGGCGGAGGGUCAUCAAGUCCGCAAGCAGCGCUCUCGAAGUCUCGCUGGGUCUUUGAGUCGCUCGGCUGACUGGACGGAGGAGCUCGAGAGGAGGCUGAGGAGCAGAGAGGAGGAUGGAGUUGGUUCAGGAGAAUAUCUGGGGGGCUUCAGAGGAGGAGGCAGCCAGCCCAUCUGUGCCACCAGAAGAUCCUCCUGUGGACAGGUUUCCACCUGCGGCUUUCAGGACGUCUUUACAGGUCGAACUCUUCUGGAGAAGCUGUUUCUGCAGCAGCAGCAGCAGCAGGAGGAGCCAGAGGAAGUUGAGAGGUUCUGUUCCAGGAUCUUGGCCAUGGGUCUCCUGCUGCCUUUCACUGACUGCUUCAGAGAGCAGCUGGGGGGCAGCACCGCCCUCAUCACCUCCACAGCAUCAACCAAGUUUGACCAAGACCAACUGUACACUUGGGCAGCGGUUAACCAGCCAACUCAUUCCCUGGAUCCUCUUGAAGGGAAACUCCCAGGCCAGCUGAAGGGCCCCUGGCCCCCUGUCAAGCCGGGCGGAGACAACAGGACUGGACUCAAAUCCCCAGAGGCAGAAGACAAUCAAGAACACCAUGCAGCAAUCUUGAGUUUGACACAACAGAAGGAGAGCCAAGAGGGGGAAUGUGUCCUUCCUUCAACCAAACUGAAGGAAAAACAUGUCAAUGUCAUCCAGCAGCUGGAGCAAACCAUAGAAGACCUCAGGACUAAGAUUGCUGAGCUGGAGCGCCAGCCCCCUCUGCUGGACAGGGACAGUGUUAAACCCAGCGCCUCCACCACGGACAGGGAGUGUGGAGGCGAAGGGGGCCUGCUGAUCGUGGUGUGUGACGCCCACCUGCAGACGGAGAGCGCCCACGCUCUGGGGUGCCUCGAGGCCAAGUCGGUGCAGACCUCGCCCAUGGACGGCAGCUUUAAGUUCAAAGUGCCUUGUAGCGAGCCAGGAGGGGGGACUGGAUUCCUGCAGCCUCCACCCAGUCAGGAUGGCUUCCAGUGUACAUGUCAGCUGCAGCCUCCAGCUCCACCUCCCCUCCCAAGAGGGGCACUACCGCCACACUCUUUAUCAGGACAGAUUGUGGCACCUCCCCCCCCACCACCUCCUCCUCCGCCGUUACCAGGAGGCUCAAUGCCAGCGCCCCCACCCCCAUUACCUCCUGGUUCAGCAGUUCCUCCACCACCACCUCCACUCCCCGGCGGCCUUGCUCUACCCCCACCCCCACCCCCGCCUCCUCCACUCCCUGGUGGCAUUGCUCCUCCCCCACCCCCGCCUCCUCCACUCCCCGGCGGCAUUGCUCCACCCCCACCCCUGCCUCCUCCUCUUCCUGGUGGCCUUGCUCCACCCCCUCCUCCUCCUCCUCUUCCUGGUGGCCUUGCUCCACCCCCUCCUCCUCCACCACCUCCUCCAGGCUGUGGGCCUCCUCCCCCACCUCCUCCUCCACCAGGAGGCCUCUGUCUCCCCCCGGCUGUCCCGGGGGCUCUGGGCUCCCUGCCUCCCCCACUGCCGUUGGGGCUGUACGCUCUGGGUCUGACCCAGGAGAAGCCCCCCAGGAAGGCUGUGGUGGAGCCACCAAGACCCAUGAAGCCCCUCUACUGGACCAGGAUCCAGCUGAACACCAAAAAGGAGGUGUCUUCUUCGUUGGUGUGGGAGACAAUUGAGGAGCCUGACUUGGACUUUGAGGAGUUUGUGGAGUUGUUCUCCAAAACAGCCGUGAAGGAGAAGAAGAAGCCGCUCUCUGACACAAUCACCAAGUCCAAGGCUAAACAGGUUGUUAAGCUACUAAACAAUAAGCGUUCUCAGGCAGUGGGCAUCCUCAUGUCCUCUCUGCAUCUUGACAUGAAAGAUAUCCAGCAUGCCAUCCUGAACUUGGACAACACAGUAGUUGACCUGGAGACCCUGCAGGCCCUCUUUGAAAAUAGGGCACAACAGGAGGAGCUGGACAAGAUUGAAAAGCACAUCAAGUCCUCCAAAGACAAGGAGAACGCCAAACCUCUGGACAAACCUGAGCAAUUUCUCCACCAGCUCUCCCUAAUCCCAAACUUCUCCGGCAGAGUCUUCUGCAUCCUCUUCCAGUCCAGCUUCUCUGAGUGCAUGUCGUCUAUAAUGAAGAAACUGGACACACUGCAGAGGGUAUGCAAGGCGUUAAAGGACAGUAAGACGGUGAAGCAGGUUCUCGGCCUGGUUCUGGCUUUCGGUAACUUCAUGAAUGGUGGGAACAGGAGCCGAGGCCAAGCGGAUGGCUUCACCCUCGACAUCCUGCCCAAACUUAAAGAUGUCAAAAGCAGCGACAACACGAAAAGUCUUCUCGCUUACAUUGUUGCAUACUACCUCAGACACUUCGAUGAGGAUGCUGGUAGAGAGACGUGUGUGUAUCCUCUCCCCGAGCCUCACGACCUGUUUCAGUCUUCACAAAUGAAGUUUGAAGACUUUCAGAAAGACCUGAUUCGACUCAGGAAGGACCUGAGAGCAUGCACAUCAGAAGUGGAAAAGGUGUGCAAGGUGUCAGACGAGGAGGACCUGCAGCCUUUUAAAGACAAGAUGGAGGACUUCCUCGCACAAGCUAAAGGUGAACUGGAGACCCUGGAAGCUCAACUCAGCAGCACUCACAAACUGUUCCUGGAGCUCACAGUGUUCUUCUCCGUGAAGGCCAAGGCAGGAGAGAAGGAGGCUUCCCCCAACACUUUGUUCUGCAUCUGGCACGAGUUCUCCUCCGAUUUCAAGGAACAGUGGAAGAAGGAGAACAAAGUCAUUCUCAAGGAGAGGUUGAAAGCAGCAGAAGAGUCUUUCCGACAGGCCAAGGAGAAGGCGUCCUACAGCGUCAAACCCAAACAUGCCUCUGGCAUCAAAGCCAAGCUUGGCAUGAAGAUUUAACUCCGUGGACUUGGAAGGCUUGUUUUGCCAACUUUGGGCACCAGUCGAGAGUCACAGACACAAAAAGUAUGAAGAGGACAGAAGACAAAAAUGAAGGGAUGUAUGUGCAGCUGAGCCAACUCAAGGACAUCUUGUAUCAUUGAUUUAUUUCUUCCAGGUGAAUUUGUUUUGUGUGCUCUGUCAGCUUGAUGCCUGACGUUGCUCUCCUCUCCAGCUGUCUGUUAACUGAAUCCAACGUAAUCAUGGAUGGAUGCUGCUGCAGGGCCACAAGGCACCAUGUGUUGUUGGGAUCGCCACAGCUCAAAAACACUAUAUAUACACUGUAUAGUAUACAUCAGCUGGAAUAAUAACAUAUUCCUAUAUGCCUUCAUUUAUACAAUACCAAAUUAAGAUCUUUAGGCAAACAGCAAACUCAACUCAUGCCAUGAAUAGCAUCAACAACAGGGACUUGUUAACCAGAUGUGAAAGCUUAAUAGAGAUACCAGCAAAAGAGUCAGGAGGCUGCAAGGCAAAGCAGUGUUCAUCUGCAGUUAGUCUGGAUCCAUGGAAGCACAUUUUCCAGGGUAAAGCCUGUCAUGUGGCGCGUGGCUCACGCACAACUUAUUUUUUAUUAUUAUUUUAAGCCUUUAAUGACUGGACAGCUGAAGAAGUGAAAGGGGAGAGAGAGGGGGAACGACAUGCAGCAAAGGGCCGCAGGUCGGAGGUGAACCCAGGUCUGCUGCGUUGAGGAUUAAACCUCUAUAUACGGGCACCCGCUCUACCAACUGAGCUAUCCGGGCGCCCAGGGUGUCCGCUCAUUGUG